GAAAUGCACAGCGUGGCAAUUUGUUUGCUGGCCAGCGGCAUAGAAUCACAUUUAAUUAGACAAAAGGUAGGGCAAUGCUCGUUGCAUGAUGUGUGUCUUGAUACUCUAUUGCAACAAAAAAAAAAGAUUGACAAAAGAGGCUAUUUACCGAUUAUGGACGCCGGCACUUGCCUUCCUGAUGUGGAAUCUUGCGAGGUGUUCCUGUGAUUUCCGCCUCUCCAAGUUUUUCUCCGCUCCUUCCCCGUAGAAUUCCGUGCGGCUCUUUGGUCGGGGUCGGGUCGGAAUAACUGGGUGCCGGAGUGGUGAUGCUUGCCCGCUUAGUCAUGCUCAUGUUGACGCGCCUAGACGCAUAGCGGAACGCGUCUUACAGUUCAGAGUGGCCGACAGUGCACUGCAUGGGCUUGCUUGUCGCGCUGUUUGGGUCUAUUUUGCGGGCCCGAUCCGACAAGCAUGUUACUGAUGAGGACCGUUUAACAGUUGACUGCCUCUAACUGCAAAGUUGUAAGAACGGACAAAUAUUAACACCAGCUUGCGCGGGCGCAUCUCUAUCCUCGUGGUAUGACGCCGCCAUGUCGCAACUCUCCCUGCCAACAACAGCAAGGCUCCCGCCUUCGCUGAGAGUUGAUCCAACAAACAUCACGGUCAUAAAGAAUCUCAGUCGUCUCUCCAGAGAGUCACUCAUUGCAUUGGCCCUGGACUGGCUCGAUGACAGCACAAUAGCAAACGCUGCACCGUACCUAGCCCAGACAGAUGAGCAUGGCCAUUCAUUAGAUGAUCCAGAAGACCUUUAUCCGCCAUGCGAAACUGUCGAAGAGCUGCGCGAGAUGUACUCGCAGCUUCAAGACCACCGAGGCGCAAAGCGAGAUGUUGUCACCCGAAUAUUGGAGGGCGAUUGGAGGCAAGGCCUGACGCUCUAUCAGCUGGCCAUGAUUGACUUUGCACACCUUGACGAACAUCCUCAUUCUCAAAAAUGGACUGCAUAUAAGAUUGCACCCCUCCAGCAUCCUACCCACGGCAAUGACGACGAGGUUCUACGGGCUGACGAAAAGAGUCUGGCCAUUCCCCGCUUCCAUCCGUCGACCUUUCUCCAGAAUCUCCAAAAUCAAGUACUUCCAGACGUGAAAGCACACUACCACUUUUACCGCCCUCGUGACUACCCCGUCCUCUUCCUUCGUAUCUUCGUCCUCGACUCGCCAUACAACACACAGCUUGCGCUGUCAGGUCUAAACAGCACAGGAACUACCAACUUCAACUCUUCAAGGACGAUAUACUUGGCCUUCCCCGACAGUGCGCCAUCAUUAUACAUAUCUAAAGCAAUUGCACCAGGCAAUGCUACUGCCGGUGAAGGAAGGAGUUUACAAAGCCUCAUUAUCAAGGGAGUCCCUCAAGCACUAUCCAGACCUCGAGAGCGGUAUACGCUACAGGUCACCUACCUCACAAGUCGAAAUCUCGGCGCGCUACUUGAUAAGAAGGGAGCCGGAAGAGGGAAUGCUGCCGGUGGUGGUUGGAGCGUAUACACAGACGACAAAGAUAAAAAGUCGCCAUUGGAUACUAUCUUGCCAACACCGCCGCUUUCAAGACGAUCUUCCCACGCGAUUACUGGCAGCAAGCGGAAUUUGCCCAUCAGCAAGGCCGCGUAUCAAGCAAAACGAGCCAAACUUACGGCACAAGCCCGUUUCGGCAGGUCAGGUAUAAUCUCGGAUGGGAAAGGCGUUGAACGCAUAGAUAUUCUGAUGCAGGACCCCUUUCCAUCCAUAAGCCCAGCUGACUUUGACGAUGCGGCCAGUCAGCCUCCCGAUGCUCGUGGUCCAGGGCGCCGAACAGGUGUGGAUGCCGCCCUCCAAGAAGCCGCGGAGGACGACGGUUGGGAUCCUGCAGCAGUGAAUAAUCCGAACGAUUGGGUGCCAAAUGUGCGUAUUACAUUCCAGGGAUCGCAUGUUUUUGCAGGAAUUCGACAACUUGUUGAAGCAGGUAUCAUUGACGGCGCCAAAAUGCCUGGCUGGAUGACUGGUGAAGAAGGCAUCACAACAGGCGUUGUGCGCGAUGGCCGUGUAUGGGGCAAUAAAGGAUCCGGUUUGUAGUAUUGUGCUACAUAGUCUGGUUGGCAUAGCAUAGCUUGGGGCG